GUGAACAGACACCCGUCUGUUGGAAUUCAUUUAAAUAAAAUGAAGACAAUUUCAGCCGAAGGGGGCAGGCUCCUCCUCCUGGUGCUGUGGUUGCAGUCAGUGCCCAGGGGGGACGGUUGCCCGGCGAUGUGCGUGUGCUACAGUGAGCCCCGCCCCUCGGUAGCAUGUCAGCAGCAAGGCCUGCUCUCCAUCCCUGCAGAGAUCCCGGUCCACAGCCAGCGGAUCUUCCUGCAGAGCAACAGACUGACAGCAGUGAGGUCCACCAGCUUCAGCUCCUGCCGCAACCUCACCGUGCUCUGGCUGUACUCCAACAACAUCAGCCACAUCGAGGCCGGUGCCUUCUUUGGCCUGGACAAACUAGAGGAACUGGACAUCGGGGAAAACAGUGACCUUCGCGUCAUCAGCCCCACAGCUUUCCGCGGGCUGUCUCGCCUACACACACUGCACCUGCACAGAUGUGGGCUCUCGGAGCUACCCGUGGGCGUGUUCCGAGGCCUGCACUCCCUGCAGUAUCUCUACCUCCAGGACAAUCACCUGCUGACCCUGCAUGACGACACCUUCCUGGACCAGGCCAACCUUACACACCUAUUCCUCCACAACAACCGGAUCAAGAUCGUGACUGACCACAUGCUGCGGGGUCUGACUGGCCUCGACCGGCUGCUGCUGCACCAGAACCUGGUCACCUUCGUCCAGAGGAGGGCUUUCCAUGACCUAGGGAAGCUGACCACCCUCUUCCUGUUCCACAACAACCUGACCGAGCUGAGUGGGGAGACCAUGGCUCCGCUGGUGUCCUUGCAGUACCUGCGCCUCAAUGGGAACCAGUGGGUCUGCGACUGCCGAGCUCGGACUCUCUGGGAAUGGUUUCGCCACUUCAAAGGGUCCAGCUCCGCGCUGGAGUGCCACGUUCCUGCCUCCCUGGGAGUGAAGGACCUAAAGAGAUUAAAGCUUGAGGAGCUGGAGGGCUGUUACGACAGCUGGCGCCUCCCUGAGGAUGAGGGCUACGGCAGGGCGCGGCCCGGAGAGCCCCCCCUGAGGGCGCCUGUCCCGAGAUGCUGCCUGCAGGACAUGGACAAAUCCUCCAUCGUCUCCAGCAAGGGCCUGCCGAACAGCCGGCAGAUCACCCAGCACCCGCCCAAGGCUAAGGAGAACAUCUCCAAAACCAAGGCUGUGGAGACAGAGCGGGCGCAGAAUGGCACCCACAGGAAGCACAGACUGAACGACAGCCCCUCUGGAGCACUCUCCACCCUUUCCAACAGCAUGGAGCCACCUGGCCUCUCGGGAGAGCUGGAGCCUUCCAGCAACCCCUCAGGGAACAGGAAGGCAUGCUCAGAAGGACCCUGUCUCAAAGGCCACGGAUCUGUGACUCGAGCGCUGGACUUGCACUUUAUCCCCGUGGUCUUGUUGGCUUUAGGCUUCUGUUAG